UGUGUACAUUUGAAUGGUGUCUUCAUUACAAAUUAGAUUAAAAGUGAAGAUAUAACAACAGUAAAGUGAAAAACUGUAUACCUUCUUACAAUGUUAGAAAAGAGCUGACGUAAUGAAACACAAAUUUGAUUAUUAAAAGUCAUGUUUUGCUUUUCUACCAUUGCUUUCGAAUAAUUUCGUAACACUACAAUAAAUGGGCUUUUAAACAUAAAAAUGUACGGAAUAAACGGAUCCGAUUUGCCCCCUGUUACUGAGGAUACCUUUUGUAAAUAUGUGUUAUACUACGAGAUAAAUAAUUCGAGGGUCCGAAUCUGGGAUUUAAUAAUUUUGAUACCGAACGCUUUAUUUGUGCUGUUCUUAGUGGUAAGGUUUAACAAGGCCCAAUUAAAAUUACGUGCUACGAGUAGUCCUAUAUUUUUGACAUUUUACUCGUUGGUGUGGGGCAAUGUGAUUAUCAGCUUAAUACGAUGUGGUGUUUCCAUGACCGUUAAUGCUUCUAUGCCAUUCGGUGGUCUGGUAGACAAAAUAUUAUGGGUUACUGUGAGAUUCUUUCUCUUAGCAACAGAAAUGAGUGUGGUAAUAUUUGGAUUGGCUUUUGGGCAUAUGGACAGCAGAAGCAGUAUUAGAUAUGUUCUUCUGGCUACAUCAUUUAUAUCACUUGCCUUCACAAUCACACAGGGAACACUGGAAAUUGUAAUGCCCGAUGACAUAUUCCACAUUGAUACCAGAGACUAUGAUCUGUUUGGACAUGGUGGAAUGCUGUUCUGGUUUACAUCAUCAUUGGUGUUUGCAAUCAUUUACUUCAUAAUUCUCUUGCUACCAUGGAUUCCUCUCCGAGAUUGUUUAGCUUUACCGACGAAACUCUCAUUUUAUUUAUAUAUACUUCUACUGGCUUUGUUGGACACCACUCAGGCAGUUGGUGCGGGACUCCUAGCAUGGGGCUCCAUGCAGUCAGGACUGUGUGUUGUUGAUGUCACCACUUGGCUCUAUUUCUCGCUCUACACUCCAUUAGUUUAUCACACAUUCCUCAGCGAAUUUUUCAGUGUGUCACAGCCUAGCAUUAUGUUUUCCUACAAGGCUCAGAUGGACGAGCCCAUGGAAGAUGAUCAGGUGUCAUUACCCCACCAGCAGAGCUUCAGUUCGCUCAAGACAGAUUCUGAUUAUAUCUAUCAGCAGAGUAACAGUGUAUACGACAGUACGUUAUUCGAGGCAGGCGGUACAACACCGAUGAACCAAGUGUACAGUGCAUCACUGCAAAGUCCUGAUUCCAUAGUAUCAGGACAAUCAAUAGAAAUUGGUGCCCCGCCUACGUUCCAUACCCAACAUAUACCAUCAACAUAACAAUAAUACACAGGUAUUCGAUAACUUCAUACAUCCAAAGAAAUACAACUAAUUUUAGAAUUAAACAUCGACAAAUCGAGCAACAUUAAAUAAUACAUUUGAAUACAUAGAUAAGGUUAAAUCCCGGGUAAAUUGGAACAA